CAUACACUCCGAGCCUAAUCCGCUUCGACCGCGAGCCCUGCUCAGCGAACGCACCAGCGAGCGCAAUGGCCACCCCGCCGCGCCGUGCCCUGCCAGUUCCCCCAGGGCCGCCCGGAAACGCGUACUACACCACGCACCGCGAGGCUUCUCCAAGUCCCGGAGCGAUGGACAUCUAUUCGUAUGGAAAUCCAUACAGUGCGCCAUACCCCUAUCCUCAUUUCUUGCCGCAAAGCGUGCCGUACCCAGAUGAGCAACCCAGCAUGCUGCGUGGUGGAACAUUGCUUCACAAGGGGUUCUACGACCUUCUCUCCAUGAUCCCUACCACACCGUCGCGUAUGUUAUGGCGGACGAGCAAGAGCCAAUCGCGGGUCCUAGAGGGCGAAAGAUCAGCAAGGACAUGGUAUCCAAGCCCGUUGGCUUUGUUACAUGCUUCGGACGCGGAGCAAGCUGAAGCACUCUUGACGAGGUGGGGUCCCGAAGGGCAAGGCAAGCUUGGAGACCCGCUGUGGGCGGAUCCAAUUAAAGAUCGCCUUCGACAGCUUAACCAGGCUCGCGCGGUCAACGAAGUCGUCAACGGAUUGAAGCCCUCGCAAAGCAGUAUGAUAAGACAAGGUGCAGGUGAUCCGCCUCCGCUUCGCGUCGUGAACGGCAUUAGCACUACAACGUCCUCCACACUCACCACUGCGGCUCGUGAGAAUGUUUCCUUGUCCCCUGUUGUGCCCUCGGGCCUCCCAUCGUCCAUAUCACCCUACCAGACGGUCGGACAAGGCGGAAAUUCCACCAUCCGAUGGACCGCCGGUCUUCCCGCACAUCCUGAGCACGAGCAGGAAGAUGACCACGCGUCAGACCCAGACAAGGAACUUCCGGACGUACCUCAGGCGCCGGUCCGAAAACCCAUCGUCCCAUCCCUCGCAACCCUGGAGAAAGCGGUCUCUGCCAAGAUCUACUUCGAGAACCUGUACUUCCCUUUGCUACGCCACCCACCAUCUCGCGAGCAGCGCAGGAUAGCUAUGGAGAAAGACAUGAUGAAUAUGCAAAUGAACGAGGCCCAAAAGGAAUAUCUAAGGAGCCGCUGGCGCCAAAACGAGACCGAUUAUUUACGGGACCGGCGCCGGAAAGUAGAUGUCAGUGCCUUUGUCAAGCUGAAGACAAUAGGACACGGCGCCUUCGGAGUGGUUUCCUUAGUCCGGGAACGUUCGACGGGGCAGCUAUUCGCAAUGAAGCAGCUACGGAAGACCGACAUGCUGCGUAAGGGCCAGGAAGGCCACGUUCGCGCGGAACGAGACCUCCUAAAGUCCGCUUCCCUGGUAAACUCUCCUGGAGGCGCAGACUGGAUCGUCAGACUGCACUACAGCUUCCAAGAUCGCGACCACCUCUAUCUGGUUCUCGAGUACAUGGGCGGAGGAGACCUUCUAAAUCUGCUGAUCGAAAGAGACGUAUUCGAGGAAGACUUCACCCGGUUCUACGUGGCCGAGAUGGUUCUGGCCAUCGAGUCCUGUCACAAGCAUGGCUUUAUUCACCGAGACAUAAAGCCCGACAAUUUUCUCUUCGACCCUCAAGGGCAUAUUAAACUCAGCGACUUCGGCCUUGCCACGGAUCUCCACUGGGCGCAUGAUACCUCGUACUACGAACAGCAGCGUCUCCACUUGCUACACAAGCAUGGAAUAGACCUCGAGGACAACUUCGGUCCCUCUGACGGCACGCGAACGAAGCGCCUUGACCGCAAGGAAGUCGAGCGGCUCAUGGGCGGCGGUGAUGGCCAGGGUGGCAUUUUUACCUGGAGGGAGCGAAACAGGAGGAAGGUGCGCGUCCACGAUGCAGUGCCGCAGUGCGGCACAAAUUCGUACAUGUCGCCGGAGGUGAUUAGGGGUCAUGGAUAUACCUAUUCGUGCGAUUGGUGGAGCCUGGGGCGACACGUCACACGGCAGAAGAUUUUGAAUUGGAAACAAUCUCUUCGCUUCCCCUCGCGGCCUCGCGUGUCCCAUGAAGGCGUUAGCCUGAUGGAGCAGCUCCUGUGCGAGCCAGAGGACCGUCUCGGAUCACAGGCCUCGUCAUCAGUUAGUAGGCCGAACUCGAUGAUAGUGCAAGCGAGGAGGAGUGGUUUCAUCUCGAUCGCUGGCGCUGCGGGCAGUGUCGACGGCGCACACCUAAUCAAGGCCCACCCAUGGUUCCGUGGCAUUGAUUGGGACAACAUGCAUCGGUAUCCUGCUCCAUAUCGCCCUGAGCUCCGUCAUCCGGAAGAUACACGUCACUUCGACGACGACAUCCCGCCCGAGCCUCUCGCGCCGGCGAAUGGUGCAGCUGCGGAUGCCACGCGUGACCCGUUACUCCGGGACAGGGUACACGGUCAAGAGAUUCUCGAGGUCCGGAAAGCUCUGGCUUUCGCUGGGUUCACGCACAAGAGUCCCCGGGUGAUCAGUUAUGUAAGAGCCGACAAGGCCUUUGACCCGGAGCCUGACACAUAUGGGCAUGAGGAGACCGAGCGUGGCCGCUCAACGGUGCGAGAGGAUCGGGACAUUGGCAAAGGAAGAGCAAUCUCUAUGUAAUCGCUCGAUCACAGCUGUACUAUCUUGGACUUCAUUCGCCACGACUCCGCCACGAGUUCAUCAGCAUACCCUCACUAACCCGUUGUACAACUAAUCCUCACUCCUGGAACGCUCACCCCGUAUCCGGUCGAUACCUAUAUACGAUCUGAGUAUCUAUGUGUAUCUUGUAACUUCUUGCCAACACCAGCGGGAAUACAUUAUGCCUUUGUUGUUA